AGGCUGAAAGCUUAUCAGGACUGAAGGACUUUGACGACCCAAUUAAUUCUUGUUCAACAACAGGCCGAAAAAAAAAUGUUGCCACAUGCAUUGUUAGUCUACUUUUCAUGUCAGGGAAAAGCGAGGGCGCACGAAAAAAAAAUAAGAAAACUAAGUGAAUAAAGUACAAAAGAAAAUAAAAAUGAGAAACUCAAGAACGUUAAGUUAAAUUGCGCGGAAAAGUUAUGCAACCCUGCUACCCAGAGUUUUUCUAACAAAAAAGAAAAACUUUGUUAAACAUUUUGUUCCCUAGAACGCUCGCCACGUUGGCUUAGCGGAACUACUUGAAAUGUAAAAAUGUUCAAGCCGGAGCUGAAAAGGCAAACUUGGCAGUAACUUUCAAGGCUCACAUAAUUAUGCGCAUUGCUUCGACACCGAUCCUGUGCUACAUCGUCCUCUGUCACCUGCUCCUGAUCACGUCCAGUCACCCAGCCAGCUACCAACGUUCUCCGAAUUGCCAGCAGCAGUCUAGAUCUCAAGGUCGGGACCAUUCAGAGGAUCUCAAUAUGGGCCUGAGACAUGGCAACUCCAAACAAACGGCAUCGAAUAUUGCUCAAAAGGCUGCCCAGGAAGCCAAGAAGGCGUCGGAUACUCAGGCACCAGCUGCGUUGGCCGCUGCCCGCCAGGUAAAACACCAGCUGGCCGAGAAAGCUAUCUCUGCGGCCAAGGCAGCUGAGGCUGCGCUGGCGGGAAAACAACAGAUUCUCGAGCAGCUCCAAGAUGAAGUGCAUGAAGCGGAGAUUAUUGUCCAGGAGGAGAGCUACUCUUUGGUUGGAUCACAGACAAAUCUCAAUGCCGCUGUUGCCACUGCGAAACAGGCUCAGACUCUGUUGCAAUCCCUUCGAAACGCAGUGAAAAUCGCCGAGGAUGCCGUGAGCAAUGCAGAGGCAGCUGCAUCCGGUGCCAGGCAGGAGCUGUGCGAAAAGAACCAACUGGUGGAUACCGCUCGCCAGAGGUCGGAGAUGCUGAUGCAGCAGCUGCGUUCCGCCAAAUUGGACUACACCAAUACCAAGAGAGCAGCUUACAAGGCUGCCUGUGCCGCCUCUGAAGCCAAGCACAAAGCUGUACGUGAUCGAAGAUCCUCCGGGGAGGUAUUGAAAGCAACUUCCGGUCAUCAAAUGCUACGGGAACAGGAGCAGCAGCAGCAGAAUCAGAAACGGGAUUUGGAACAGGAGCUAGAGGUUAAAGGUCAGGCGGAAGAUUGGGAAUACAACGAGCAGGGCAAAGCUAUAUAUUCCAAUUGAAAAAAGGUGUUUAAAGGGUAGCAGAAACCUUUUAUGAACAUUAAUAAGAUGUUUAAGUUAUUGACAAUGUUAUUAAAAUGUACGUUUUUUAAGGUUAACAUAUAUAUUUAAUACAAAA